AUUUGAAUGAUAAAAACAAAGAAAACAAUGAAAAGAUAUCUAAACAAAAGGGUAACUUUUCGGAAAAAGUUUUAAAAUGUAGAGAUUCAAAUAACGAUGGAAGCAAAGAAAGUAGUGAUAAAAACA